UACCAUUUCUUCCUCUUUUCUACAGUGUUUCUAUGUCUCUUGAAGACGGUCGAAGUCAGUGAUUCUUAUUCGGCUAGUUCUCGUCAAAGGCAGUGCGCUUAGGAAAAGGAUCAUGCUCUUCAAGCUGUCUCUUAUGAUAGCAUGAUCAUAAAUUUGUGAGGAGCAAUUGUCGCGUUUCUCUGACAGCAAUGUUUCUCGGUCAAAGACACAAACUCGCAUGUCUUUCGAAGCAAGGGAUAACAGUCGCUACCGCCACGUGUUCGAGGGUCUGGACUUCAUGUUUAUUACAGCUUCAUCAGCGCUGUUCUACUCCGUACUACUGGCGGAUGCACGGCAACGACCUAGCAAGACCAAUUUGCAUAUAUCCGACAUUUCAUCACAUCUUCCUCCAGCUUGAUCAGACCUGUCGUUCUAGCGGGCCUGUCUCAGCGACAAUCAUGACUCAAAAUCCGAAGAACCGCAGGUCUGCCAACGUCACGGAUGUUCUGGCUCUGAGCUCAACAGGAUCGAAGACAAUCCGGCUGAAACAGUGUCGGAAUAAGGCUGAGCAAGCUCCUGCCGAGGAGUUCUUACCUUUCGCACCCCUGGUAAAAGAUUUGGUCAUUAUGGAUUACCUGUCCAGGCACGGGGACCUAGCGCGGCCGGCUAUAGAUCAAAAAACUGCAUUUACAUAUCCGUAAACCAUUAAGCCAUGACAAACAGCGCCUUCGGUGGACCCAACUCUUCAUUCCCAGCCAAUGAGCUUGUCUGGAAGCUUCGCGGUGGAGCUGGGCGGUUUUACGAAGAUCGGUUUUACGGAUUUGCGGAUAUGUGGAUAUAGACUACACGCACUCCUUAUAUGCCACGCAGAACGUU